AUGGGGGCCCCCAAGAAGCGGUCUGUUUUCGCGUGGGAGACGCUGCGACACCACGGCCAGCACUACAUCUGUCCACAGCGCGUCCGCCACCGACCCAGGCCCUCGGGGCUGGUGGGCCAGGAGAAACAGGAUGUACCACGAAAAGCGUCUGCCGCACAUGCAGGCAAGGUGGACACUCGGCCGGUCCAUGCCCACAAUGCCCGUGGCUCUCUCACCUGCACGAUGUAUCAAGUUGGGCGUUGGCAGGAACACCGAGUUGCUACUGGCUCCAGCGGGAAACGCCUUUCACCACGUCAACCCUCGCGAUACGCCAAUGGACCGGGUGACGGUGGACGGGGUGUACGAAUCAACAUAAGCUCGCCAUGGCCGCUAGCCGCGCUGGCGGACCAUCAAACCCCUCCCCUCCCGCCCAUCCCGUCGGUAGCCAAUGCCGAACCGGGAGACCGGGAUGCGGUGGAGCAUCAUCGCAUACGCUGCAGUGGGCGCACCAGACGGGCUACCGCAGGGCUGCUGCGCCCGUGA